UGGCUGAGAGGGACAGCCUGGGUUCAGAGACAUGAGGUAGAGCUAAAAUAAGACUACAGACAAUGAUAAUCGCAAGCACUUCCUGUUCCUAUGUGUCAGCCAUUGUUCUAUGCAUUCCCAGUGUAUGUAUUUAAUUCUCACAUCCUCAACGUAGGUGCUUUUAUAGAUGAGCAAACAGGCACAGAGAAGUUAGGCGAUUUGCCCGCAUCACGAAGCUAGUAGACGGCGAAGUCAGUAUUUGAACGCAGCUGGGAUCCAGAAUUCCCGAUGUUGCUACCUGCUGCGUUGCUGGAGUUAAAGUGCGCGAAAAUGCUUGUGUAAACCGCCCGAGCACGAAUUUUAAGUGAGCAUUGUCUGAGGGCUGUGAGCUGGCCCGCUAGUAUUCCCAGAGAGAACUGGGCAGCUGGAGGCCCCGCCCCCUCUCUUAUCGGAGCCCCCAGACCUGCAGACCCCCCACCCCCACCCCGUUUCCCUCCAGUCUCCUCCGCUGAUUCACUCGCCUCCUCUCCUCACCACAUCCCAGCCAUGGCUCUCGUUCUGCAGCUGCUGCCGCUGCUGCUGUCAAGGGCCCAAGGGGAAGGCCAGGUUCCCUUGGACGGCCGCCCGGGCGACCGGGUGAAUCUCUCCUGCUCAGGGAUCUCGCAUCCCAUCCGCUGGGCCUGGGCGCCUAGCUUCCCAACAUGCAAGGGCCUGUCCAAAGGACGCCGCCCGAUCCUGUGGGCCUCUUCGAGCGGAACCCCCACAGUGUCUCCAGUUCACCCCUUUGCUGGCCGCCUAAGAGUGCUGGACCCUGGUAUCCGGCGGCUAGAGCUGCUCCUGAGCGCGGGGGACUCGGGCACAUUUAUCUGCAGGGGCCGUCACGAGGAGGAGAGCCGUACAGUGCUUAAAGUGAUGGGGGACGGGGCCGAUUGCAGGACUCCGGGGCCUAGCCAGGGGUCCGUGUAUCCCCAGCUCCUGAUCCUCCUCCUGCUGGGCGCUGGGCUGGUGCUGGGACUCGGAGGAUUGGGCGUGGUCUGGUGGCAGCGCCGGCGCUCAUCCCUGCACCCACUUCGACCCCUCCCCAGAUUUGCUCUAUCCCCCCCACAUAGCUCCACUAGUAAAAGCCGAGCCCCAGAGGCCAGUAAAGGAGGAGGAGCCCAAGAUCACAGGGGACAUGGACCAGGAGCAGAACCUGCUGUAUGCAGACCUGGAUCAUACGGCCUUCAGAAGACCUCGCCAGUUGUUGCCAGUGGUCCCUGCUGAUUCCUCCACCGUCUAUGCGGUUGUAGUUUGAAGCAAAGCCCUUACUCCAAACAUCACAAGUUUGGGGGCUCCCUAUAACUGCCCUCUCCUUCCCUGACUCUCCCAGGAUAAGGAAGGCAACCUGGGGUAGAAAUCAGCCUGGGAGUCAGGAGACCUGAUGAUCUUGCUCCUUCAGCUGCCCCAUGUUCUGUAACUUCCACGACUCCUUUACCAAGCCCUGUCAUCAAGCUCUGUCUCCCCAUCUUAAGACAUCAGCCAGUCCUAGGUCGUUGUCCCACCUCUUCCCUUCCUUCCAGUCGAGCUCUUUGAAGCAGGGGCUUAUACCUGCCUUCUUCAUUUUCUUCUUCACUCCACUCCUAUGAGGUCGCCAGUGAUGUCCUAAUGGCCACAUCCAGUGGACAUUUUUUAGCAUUCAUCUGGCUUGGCCUUUGAUUACUCCAUUCUUUAAGCUGUUUUUCUUUAAUGCUGAUGUCUUCCUUGUGGACCUUUCUUUCUCCUUAUCCCUGUGGUAUUCUCCACCAUGCUACAUGUGUCCCUUUCUUUACCUCCCUUCUUCCUCUUCUGAGAAGCUGUCAUCCACAGUGGUCUCAGCCUUCCCCUUGGCAAAUGACACCCAGAACUCUCUCCAACUCAGAUUUCAGAUAUGGCAUUUCCAAACUGUCCCUCAGACAUCCCUGCCUACCUGGCCCUAUGCAUUUUGCAUACAGCAUCUCCAAAACUCAGUCAUCUCCCAAACCUCACACUUAAUCCUCUAUUCUCUCUUGAUCAACACUGUUGGCCCAAGCCAGAGACUGAAUCAGGGAGUGAGACCUCCUUCCCCUCUCUCCCACACAAUGAACCAAGUCUUGCCAUUCUGUUUUAAGAUCACUGUCAAAUCCACACCCUCUUCACACUCAGCACUGCCACCUGAAUGUACUCUCAUUUUCUUGGGUUACCUGUAGCCCCACUUCAUCCUUCUGCCUUUGUACCCUCCUCCCUAAAGCCAGACAGAUCUUUCCCAAAUACUAACCUGCUUCUGACAGCCUGUAUUUCAGAUCUGUAGUAUUUCUUUCCUCAACCUUCAGCUCUCUGCCUGUUCUCCAGGCCUAUUUCUGUCAUACCGCAUGUAUACAACAUGCUAGCCUUAGAGAAAUUCUCCCUAGGCCCCAAAUGCCCUAUGCCUUUGCCCAGUGCAAUUCCUUUUUCAUGGAUUACUACCCUUUUCCUUCUUCACAACCUACUCUGACUCUUGAGUGUAGCUUCUGGGAAGCCAUUUCUGACCCUCUUUGCCACCAUGCAUAUUUUGAUGCCCUGGGAGUCCCCUCAUAUCGCUCAUCAACAGUCUAUUGUGAAUUGUUCCAUCACAGACUGACUGUUCAACAAUUGUGAGUUCCUUGACCCUUUUCACAUCACUGCUAGGACUUGGUAAAUGAGUGAAUAAAAAUGAA